AUGGCGGAACUCGGAAAACUCUCGCUUGCAAAAUUGAACAAUUCGAACUACAGCACUUGGAAGUUUCGAAUGGAGAUGCUUCUGAUUCGAGAAGAAGUAUGGUAUGUGAUCGCUGAUCCAAAACCAGAAUCACCACCGGAGAAAUGGGUCAAAGAUGACCGCAAGGCGCGUGCCACAAUGGGGCUCUGUAUAGAGGAUAACCAGGUCAAUCUGGUAAAAGACAUACCUUCGGCAAAAGAGUUUUGGGAAAAACUACGAGUGUUUCACGAAAAGACGAGUGCAACGUCGCGAGUGUCGGUUCUAGGGAAAAUCUGUGACAUGAAACUGAUCGAGGGUGGCGACAUGGAAAAACAUUUAAUGGAGCUCGAGAGUUUAUUCGAUAAACUCACAAUAGCGGGUCUGGUGCUUCAGCCAGAGCUACGUGUUGCAAUGAUUCACCGGAGCUUGCCGGAGUCAUAUGGUGGGCUGGUGACUGCAUUGGAGAGUCGUCCGGAUUCCGAGUUAACGGUGGAAGUCGUUAAGUCGAAGUUGCUCGACGAAAGCGAGCGAAGAAAAGAUCGGUCAGGACUGAUUUCAGUGGACAAAAUGGCGACCAAUGGCUACACAAUUGCGUUCAAAAUCGAUGGCAAUCAGGAAAAUCUUCGUUUAAAGGCAGGACACCUAUUGCCAAAGUGGUGUGAUAACGUUCAACGUGAGACAGUAGUUGAUAAGCUGGAGGCUCUAUUGAUUAACAGCAUACACAUACACAACCAACGACGCUACUACAUGGACCUUGAACGUAUGCAAAACUGGAUUUCGGGAAUGCAGCUCAACCAACACAUCAGUGACUUGAAACGUUCUUCGGAAGAGUGCUUUGAGUCAGGACGCGAGAAAUAUCCCUGCAUUGAAAUAGACCCGAAGCGCCUAAAAGAAUUGAAGUUGUAUGCAUUUCUACAGAACGCGCCCGGUUGUGGGGUUUAUGAGUUUGGUAGCACGUUUGAUUUUAACAUAAGCUCUCGCAUUUUAGAUCAAGCGCUAUUACUCUUACAACAUGAAACAAUAUUGGUUGAUAGUACAAAGUAUACAACGCAGGAAGCUAUGAUGAAUAUCCUUGAUGAUUUGCUGUUGUAUCUCAGAGAUGUAAAUCAUUCUGCUAUCAAAGUGAUCACGAUAUUAGCGAAUCACAGCCAAUCCAUGGCUGAUGGGGUUAAGAAGUUAUCAGAAAAGUAUUGCCAAAAGAUCAUUGUUGUAGUGAAGUUGGCAGCAAGUUCCCAAAAGGACGAUAAUGCUGAAAGGAUUCUAGUGCAGGAUCUUUCAGAAAAAGCUUCGAACCAGUUGUACAAACAAGCUGAACGAAUGUUGUUCGGAACAAUCACGCUCCUAAGCAGCAUUGUGGAAGCUACCGAUGAUUUGAGUAUUUUAGUAGAUGUAUUGGAGCUGUGUGCCCAAUCAGGGAAACUAGAGGAUAAAAACUUAAAUGAACAUAACUAUGAACAGAUCAAACAUUGGUACGUUCAGCGCCAUUUUGAGCCAUACGACUACGAGGGAAAUGAUGAGGAAAAUUAUGAUGAUCGAUUGAUUAAUGGUCCAAGUCUGUUACAUGUGGAAAGAGCCCUAGCUUUCAACGAUGAAGUACCCGUUGCACCUAGUUGUCAAGAUGGUAACGGUGGCAAGGUAUGUAUCUUCCUCAACAAUACAGGAUUCGGUAAAACAACCUACUUUACCUGGUUAGCUUGGCAUUUGUCAACCUCCGAUCCAUCUCUAUAUUUGUUAAAAAUUACGGCAAUGGAAUAUUCAACCGAUUUCGACCGAUUGAAACAGAGCGAUGUACACAACAGUGACGAUAUAACAAUCGUGAGGAUUUUAUAUCGCUACGUCCAUUUGGCGUUGUUUGUACAGCAUAUAAAUAGCCGUAAGAUCGCAGAGAUUGAUAGAGACAGAAGCAAUGCCGACGAAUGUGCAAAACUGUUAUCGUUUGACAGUGACAAGGGCAAACUAGUAAUAGAGCAAGCAAAUAAGCUGUCAACGAAAGAGUUAAUCGAGUUGCGGUUGUUCCAGCAAAAGUUUAACCAACAGAAGCUCGUGCUCAUUCUGGACGGGUUUGAUGAGAUCACGCCAUAUUACAAGGAUGUGGUCAUGAAGUAUUUCGAACGUGUCGCUCGUCUUAAAGGAGUACGAUCGUUAUACCUUUCCAGUCGGCCGUACGGGUUUGAAGCGGAAUUAAAAAACACCUUCACUUACUGUCAAAUGUAUCGGCUGAAACCAUUUUCCAAUGAUAAUAUAAUACUUUCGUUACACAAAUUUCUUUUGAAAAGCUUAGAUGGUUACAAACAUUUCAAGGAGGAGCAUCGAAACGAUAUACUAGCUAAGCUGUACAGUACCAUCCGAGAUGUUUUGCAUGAUGUGAUAACUGUUCCACUAUUGCUAUACAUUGUGCAGAUUAUCCUUUUGCCCGAGAUAAAGAAACAUGUCAGUGAAGGGACACAUACAAUAUCGAGUGACAUGUUACAAAACGCAAAUCUUGACAUACUGCAUCUAGUGGAACAAUUUGUGGAGAGAAAAAUAAAAAUUUUAGGCACAGAUAAGACAGGCACGUCAGAUUCUGCCUUUACGACGGCUGCCUCGAAGAAAAACGAGCAUCGAUUGAAAAAAGAGAUAAAGGAACAGCACAUGCUGUUAGCCAUGUACGUUAUAUUCGAUCAAAACGACAGAGAAAAACUGAUUUCCCGCAAGGAACAGAGGCGUGCUAUCGAGAUAAUGGAAGAAGUGCAGCAAGGCGAUGAAAAAACGGGGAUCGUCCUUGGUGUGCAAAAUGGUGUACCUCAAUUUCUGCAUCGAAUGUUUGCCGAGUACUUCACCGCCUGCUGGUUCUUCGAAAACUGGGAUCUUUUCAAGAGUGAGAGCAUUUUUCACUCUCAAACGUUCUGGUCGCGUUCUUUACGAGAAACUCGUGAAUUUUUCGACCGACUUAUACUUAGGGCCAGCAAAGGUUGUGACUUACACCUGGCACUGGUGAACAGAUCCCAUAGACAGAUUAAAGAAAUACUGCAUAAAGAUCCAAAUGCUGCCACUGUCAGGGAUAAUGUUGGCCGUUUGCCAUUGCAUUUGUUACAUUAUUAUUCUGCCGUGGGCGAAGACAUAAACCAAAUAUUAAAUUGUGUAUCGAAUCGAAACCUUGAGUUUGUUAAUCAAAAAGACAAGCUUUUCGAAUGGAAUGCCUUAGAUUAUAUAUUUGUUUCUAACGAGGGCUUGUUAAUAGAACAUCUCUCUACAAUUGGAGUUAAGCCUGAUAUGGAUAACUUAUUUCGGCAAGUAUGUUCCAAUACUGUUGACACAUUAGUUAUGCAGGGAACUGAAUAUACUUAUUUCUUAGUUAAUUGUAUACAUCGAAAUGACUUGGUAGAAGAACUGAGCGAACGUGUGGCUGGUUAUCUGAUCGAUGUCAAGAAAAUAGAUAUUUAUUCUCCACGUGCAGAACUAAAUUCCUUAUCGGUGUUGGAAAAGGUGGUAACCGAGAGUAACUUUGCUAUGUUUCGUCAGUUAAUUACAAAAUCAGAUGCACAGACAUUGAGCUUGGGCGACCGUGCCGAUCGAUUGUUACAGCUAUCGUUGAAGAAGAAAAGUAACGAAAUUACAUACUGUCUCGUUGAACGGCUGCCCUCGCUCACGUCUAAAAUUAACGACACAAAAAUAUUAUUCUUUUGCACGAAAAGCGCAAUUGAAAACAAUUGUAUGGAAUUGUUUCAAACAUUAUUCAAAAAGUUCUGCUUCCAGCAGAAGUUUGAUUGCGUUGAAGAAGACAAUUUUGUUGAUGAAUUUGUCGAUGAAGGCAGGGAUGACACGUUUGAGAUCCCUUUUGAAAAUGAAUGCUGCUUCGAGUUUUCUUACAACUCUCCAGAAGUCAAUAAAGAAGCAUUAUUAUCUACAGCAAUACACUACGGCAACAUACGAAUAGUUAGUUUCAUACUUCAGAAGACGAAUAUGACCGUCACGAUCGAAUUAUUUGGAAAGAUUAUGCAAAAUAUAUCCACGUUGAAAUAUCAACAACUUACUUACAAUCACAGCAAAUGUAUACCUGCAUUCCAAUAUCUAUUCAAGAAGAUCCCCGAUCUGUACGCUAUUGAUCGAAAAGGGCUGAAUUUGUUUCACAGCAUCAGCAAAAAUGGUUGCGUGUUCAUGCUGCACAGUUUGAUUACCAUUGGGUUUGAUCCAACAAGGAUAAACUUGAUAACACAGGCAGAAAUUCUUCAACAACGUUUAAACGGUUGUAAUGAAAAAUCUUCGGCCAAUAUAUUUGAGUACCUUCAGCAGCAUUCGUACGUGGAUUUUCACGCUACGUUAGGUCCAAUAGAUGAGAGCAUUUUUUAUAAGGUAAUCAGCAAAAGGAGAUUUUUAGCCGCCCAAACGCUAGUUGAAGGCAAAUUCCGCAAUUUAUCUCAUUCGGGAAAGGAAAAUGCGAUACUGGAAUUACUACACCAUUUGCUAUUAAAGUUCGACGUUGGACUAAUUUUGGAGUUCGCAAAAAAUCUGCUUAAGGAAAGUUCUGUUGAAGGUAGAAUUAAAAAUGACACGUGGCAUUCAGUUUAUUCAUCCAUCUAUAACCAAUUGCCGGUUGUCGUAUUUCAUUAA